AUGGAUGGGGAGCAGGGCUUUCAACCAAUGAAUGUUGAUGUGCCUCUAGGUGAUGACGGGGACAAUGAUGAUGGAGAUGCAGGGAAUGAUGAUGAAGGGGAUGAUGACUAUCAGAAUGAGAAUCUGGACAAUGGAGGACAGGAAGACAUAGACAUAGGUGAAGGAAUAGCUGGAAAUCAACAUGAUGGACCGCCGCCAGGAGAGCAUGGAACUCCACAUGAAAAUGGUUUUCAUAAUGGAUCAAGUCACUCAUCACCACCAAGUACAAGAAUUAGAGGUGAUUCCCCCACUAAUGUGUUGUCCUGUGAUUUCAGUUACUCAUCAUCUACAAAUGACAUAGUAGUAGUAGAUGAACCAGAGAUGAUUAUGCAUCACUCUCAAAUAGGUCCCUCUAAUGCUAUACUUGGUGAUUCUGAUAGUCAAAUAGGAGAGACUAGUUUACUUAUGAAUAGAGGGGAAGAAGAAGACGGAGAUCAAAGUGUUGAACAAGUGAAGGAAACGGCAAGUCAGGAGAGGCUCACAGAAAUUAUAGAUAACACUGAAGAAAUGUUCCAACUGGAGGAACAAGCAUCGCAAUAUUUCAGCAGACUCUAUAUGGCAGGAGAAAAGAUCAACCAAGUGGAAGAAAAUAUCAUACUCAAAUGGCCAUUGAUGCUGGAUCCAACUAAACAAACACACCAGGAUGGGAAGCUUUUGCAGAUGAAGGGAAAGGAAGAUAGCCAUAGCAGUGGACCAAGGACAGAGCUCAAUCACAUUCAUACUCAAAUGUUCAAAAGGAAGGGAAAGAGCUUUCAGGAAAAGAAAUAUGGCCGAAUGCAUUUGGCUCCAUUGAAACAGACGCAGAAACAUCUCAGCAUUCAUACACCACAUGAGAUGCACAGGACUUUAGACAGGCUUAGCAGAUGGAAAAGAGCUCAUGAGGCAGAUUAG